AUGGUCGUAGCAGAAAAGAGACUGAUUGACGAAUAUUUCAAGGUUGAAGAUAUUGACCAGGCUGGAUAGUCAUUCAAAAGAGUGUCCAGAAUAAAAUGUAAAUCAAAGUCAGGGGAAGUGGAUAUGGAAUUGGAUGUUAAUAUCGAUAUCUACCCUAUUGACAAAGGCAGUGAAUACAGAGUCCUGAUUGUUAGAUCCCUGGGAAUAUCUCAAGAAAUGGAUUAAGGUAAAUAUAAGCCGGAAUUUUCAUAAAUCGACAAUGAAUUGCUGGAGAAAUUUCAGUAUGCCAUGUUUGGUCGAGUAUUCAAAAUGAUCAAGGAUCAAAAUAAAAUGAUCAAUGUUUUUGCUUCCUUCGGGGGAUUGAUUCUAAAGCUGAGUGGUAAAUCUGAAGAACUUGAUAAAUUUGCCGACGAUUAAAGAGUGUAUUUAUUAAUGAGAAAGGCAUGA